AUGAGCCUUCCUUCAUCAUCGGCUCAUACCAAGAACCAUUACCACCACCACCACCACCACCAUUACCACAGAAACAACAACAACAAUUUCGACAUACAAUAUGUUGAACACUCCACCUCCUCAUCACAGCAACAACAACAACCUCAGAGAAGAGGAAGUAGUAAUAAUUUUAAUAGUUCUGCUGCUAGUAGUAGUGGUAGCACUACUGAAGGACGAAGAAAUUGUCCAAAUUCAUUGAAUCACAAACCAGCAUCGGCAACAGCACGGAACAGCGAUAGUAAUAACGGAACAGUGAGCAAUGAUGAACAUCAGACUGAUCUUAUCUCGAAUCAGGAAGCUACUAGUGGAUUUUAUAAGAAUAGACUAAAUUCAGCAGAAACUACAAAUGUAAAUCAUCAACAAAAUGUAGAAGGAGCAAGAAGAAGAUUCAAUAAUAACUCGACAAUGUACAAAAAGACUACAUCUAAUUCUAGGAGCACAGAAAGUAAAAUUUAUAAUGAGGACGAACAACAAGAAAAUGCUAAUAACACCAUGAAACAACAAGACGAUGAAUUACACCAACAAACAAUCGGGACAAGAUAUAGAGGCAAGAAUAAUGACAAACGGAACAAUUAUAAACGUUUUUCAAAUUUCAGGUCACAUGAAACUGGUGCCACUUCUAAUCAAUUACAACAAACUCAUCACCAAAAUGAAAAUGUUCAUCACUCUAGAAACUCUAAUAACAGAAAUAGAAAAGGCCAAAACACUGCUGACAAUGAAAACGCUCAACAAAACGACUCUAGGCAAAAUUUUAGAAUUUACCAAAGUAAGAACGCUAAACAAUCUGCAACACCACCUUCCUCACACUCGAUUCAAAACCAAAUCGCUGAACAAAGUGAAACUAAGAACAUCCCAAAAGCAAAAUCUAGUGGUUUCUCUAUAUCGUCUGCCGCCUUUUAUCCUUCCUCGAUGACUUCUUCGCCACCUUCUGCUAAUAGCAGUAUAUAUCAUCCAGGCCAAUACAAUAAUUUUCAAGGAUAUGCCUAUCCAUCUGUACAACAACUUGGAGGUUGUGUUUACUAUUAUCCUCAAAACAAUACCUAUUAUCAAUCCAAUCCCUAUAACUCGUCUGUGUUUUACCAAUCUCAAGAACCUGAGAGUCCAAAAAUGUUUAAGGUUCCUAACCGAGCAAACUCUAAACUAUCGACAUCAACAAGCACUACAAAGCAGAAGAAAGGUCGUAAAAAAGAACCAGUUGAACAAGAGUCAUCAAGUGAAGAAGAUGAGGAUGAAACAGAAUCAAUUUCAUCUGCAAAUCAAAUUCAAAUGAAUUUUGAUGAGGAUGACUAUAUUGUUGGUUUUGCAUCAUUCAAUGGAUCUCUGUAUUUUUGUUGGCAACAAGCAUCAAAGGAAUCAGAGUCUCAAUCCAAGAUAAGAGAAAUACUUACUCAAAGCUCAAAGUAUAGCAACAAAAGCUCUGAAACACUCUUUUCCACAUGCAUAAAGAAUAAGGCUAUUUAUGCUGCGUUAAAGAAGUUUGUUAAGAAGUUGAUUAAGCAAAACCAGCCAUACAAUCCAUACCUUAUUAACUCUCAUGCAUCUAUAUUGAUGAAAUCAUUUUUACUUUCUUCAAACACAUGGUUGGAGUUUUCUGCCAAUCUUCCUGCCAUUUCUAACAAAUUUGCCAAGCUCAAAGCUAGAGAGGUUAAAUAUUUGUUAUCAGAAUACUCAACUGAAUGGAAUUACUUCCAGGAUAUCGACUUGUCCAAAGAGGACGUGCUCGACAGAUUUAUCAAAGGAGAUGAAGAGUCUACUGUUUCGUCCUUUGUUGAACGUAUGAAAAAGAACGAGUUUUCAAAAUUCAAAAGAAGAUCUCACCUUCUUGUUUGCUCUUGGCCUGAAUCUUCUAUAUUCGCAGAGAAGCGAUCGGCUGGAUCGAAUUUCAGUGACACCUUUGUUAAAGAAAUUGCUGUUAUUUUAUGCUUGAACAUUUUCCAAGAUCUGAAAUAUAAGUAUGAUUUUUCUCACAAGAAGCAGAAGGGAGCAGCAAACGAUUUCAAAAAGCUUUAUUCUAUUGUGGACGUUGAGACUCAAAAACAAAAAACAAGCUUUAAUGCCAAAAUUCAAGCAGCGUAUAGAGAUCAAAACGAAGCAUCAAUACUUACUCCAGAAGAAAAAGAUAAAUUAAUAGAACAACUCAUACAGUUUAUUACGUACGACAAGGAGUAUAGAUGCUACCAAAGAUACUUUGAUUUACUUAAAACGGAGGAGGAUGAAAUUAACAAGCCCUUCGGAUGGUUUCAAUAUCCAUAUCAACUUAAGGCUGUAAAGUGGUUAAAAAGAUUGGGUGCUCAAAUUGACUGGGUACAGAUUUAUCUCAACAGGAUUUACGCAUCUCCCAACUUUGAUCCAGACAUUAUAAAGCAGAUUGACAAAGAAUUUGAGAUAUCUGCGAACUAUACACUUGAGGCCAAAGACAAUCGACUCUCGUUUCUAGAUCAUUACGAUCGAACAUUUACUAUUGACAAAAAAGGAACAAAAGAUUGCGAUGAUGCGCUUACCAUUUUAUACCAUGACCAAAAUUGCAUUCACAUUGCAGUCCACAUUACGGACAUUGCCUCAACCAUUCUAAGAAACGUCGAUCUUUCGCAAGCUGCAUCACCAGUCGAUGAAUCCAAGAAAGAAGUUAAACGAACUCCUCCAGUUAAGACUAAGUUUGCUGAUCAUCCCAUAUUCCAAAAAGUUCCUUUAUUUUCAGAGGCCUCGAAGCGUGUCAUGUCUAUUUACAUACCAGGAGUAGAAGAAACCUAUGCUCCUUGCUUUCCACGUCACCUCUCUGAAGAAGCUCUGUCGCUAAUUGAUAAGAAGCCUAAGGAGGUUAUUUCACAUAUUUUUGUUAUUUUUAAAGAUGGAAGAGUAGAGUUUAAAGGAGUAUUCAAGGGAUUGAUACAAUUAUAUGAUUGUUGCUGUGCUAUUCAUGAUUCUCGUUUGGAACACGGUGCCAAAAAAUUUACGCCAGGUGUUGUUCCUCUCGGAGGAAUUGACCUUGUUCUUGAAGACAAUAAGAAUGGUGAUGAUCCAAUAAUUCAUGUCAAUACUCAACGAACAACUCCUUCCAAAUCUUCAAAAAUUAUUACUGAAUUUAGUAUUUUGCUUAACGCUACCAUGGCAAGGUACUUUUAUGACAAUAGAAUAGCUGGUCUCUACAAAGAAUUUUAUCAAACAUAUAACAGAUUGCUUCCAGAAUCUAUAAAGGAUAUGGACAUUGAGGAGUUUAUUGAAGUUGCAUCAAUAUUAGACCCUGAAGGUAAUGAAACUAAUUAUCUUGCGCAAGGAAAGAAUCACCAAACUGAGAACUAUCAAGCUUUAUUGAGGUUUGAGAAUGAACUAAAGCAACAGGGAAGUAAGAAGACAACAAACAUUAGCAAAAUAACGACAAAUCCAACAAAGUUUUACCAAAACAUCAUUGGUGUUGAACUGUACAUGCAACUUUCUUCUCCAUUGAGGAGAUGGCUUGAUUUAGUUUUACAAGUUCAACUAGUUCAUUAUUUAAAUACAAUUGAGUCCGGAGCAACUUGGACAGGAAUUGAAAACAGUCUGUUCAGCGAGGAAUUAUAUGAUUGUUGCUGUGCUAUUCAUGAUUCUCGUUUGGAACACGGUGCCAAAAAAUUUACGCCAGGUGUUGUUCCUCUCGGAGGAAUUGACCUUGUUCUUGAAGACAAUAAGAAUGGUGAUGAUCCAAUAAUUCAUGUCAAUACUCAACGAACAACUCCUUCCAAAUCUUCAAAAAUUAUUACUGAAUUUAGUAUUUUGCUUAACGCUACCAUGGCAAGGUACUUUUAUGACAAUAGAAUAGCUGGUCUCUACAAAGAAUUUUAUCAAACAUAUAACAGAUUGCUUCCAGAAUCUAUAAAGGAUAUGGACAUUGAGGAGUUUAUUGAAGUUGCAUCAAUAUUAGACCCUGAAGGUAAUGAAACUAAUUAUCUUGCGCAAGGAAAGAAUCACCAAACUGAGAACUAUCAAGCUUUAUUGAGGUUUGAGAAUGAACUAAAGCAACAGGGAAGUAAGAAGACAACAAACAUUAGCAAAAUAACGACAAAUCCAACAAAGUUUUACCAAAACAUCAUUGGUGUUGAACUGUACAUGCAACUUUCUUCUCCAUUGAGGAGAUGGCUUGAUUUAGUUUUACAAGUUCAACUAGUUCAUUAUUUAAAUACAAUUGAGUCCGGAGCAACUUGGACAGGAAUUGAAAACAGUCUGUUCAGCGAGGAAGUUUUACAUUAUUGGAGUGAAAAAGUUUCAGAUAAGAUUGAAACAGUGAAAGAAAUGGAAAAACAAGUGCUCUAUCACUACUUCCUUAAAUUUUUAAAGAACAAGAUGGAAUCUUGUGAUAGUGAGCACUUUAUUUUGGAAUGCGUUUCUGAAAUUAAUUUCAGAAAAGGAAAAAGAUUAUCUCACUCACAUCGUGACAAGUCGGGUGUGCAUAGAGAUUACAAUAACUUGAUCAACAGAAAAAAGCCAGUAUUCACCCAAUUGUUACGUUUACGAUUGGUAGAGUAUAAUUACUUUGCUAUUGAGGCCUAUGUGACAAGCAACACGAUUGAUAUGGAUGAAAUGACUGCCAUUAAGAUAAUCGAAAUUGAUACAUAUUGUCACACUAUUUCUGCAGAGUAUGUAAAGUGA